AUAUUCAAACAGCUGUCACUGACAUACAAAUUGGUUGUUCGAGCGCGGUUUCGACCUUUUCUUUCCAAAUUAGAAAUUUAUACAACACCAUAUUUUUAAUUUAUUAUAUUAAAAUUAUUACUUAUUGGAACUUGUUAAAUUAGAUCACAAUAUAAAUUGGCAUUCUGAGAUGUUGGGCGACACCGAAACCGGUUGGGAUGAUGGCAUCAAUUACAAGGCCAUUUCAUGCGAAAAAAUACCUGAACUUUUCUUGGACAAAUUAGUAGCCAAGAACCACUUCAGCAAAUUUGGAAAAAUCACUCGGUUCAUAUUGCGUCCAAGCCGGCAGAGUUGUACAGUGGAGUAUGAAACGGAAGCCCAGGCGGAACGCGCUCUGGAUCAAGCGGGGUAUUACAACGGGCAUGAAUUUCAAAUAGAAUAUGCUACACGCGAAGUAGCGCACGUGCAAAAUACAGAAGAAUGGGUUAAUCCCGAAGUACAGGCUGAAUUAGACGCAAUGGGCCUGCGACAGAGUCUCCCUGCUUAUAGGAUACCAUCUACGGCAAUGUUACCUCCACCGAAGCCAAUGCCGUUGCGUACUCAAAAAGCUAUGACUUCGCUUUCGCUACCAGCAACAAAGCCUGCGAAGUUGGCGUCGAUAUCAGAGAUACCAAAAAUAGAUACUGCUUUGCGACAAGAGUAUGAGGCUGUAUUACGAAGACCAGCGUUUACUGACGAAGAAAAAUACCGCGUUUUGGAUGCGCGAGAUAAAUUGAUGCGAUUGUUAAGACCUCGUCAAACGGAUAUUAAGAAAGUUGAGCGAACGAAAGGCAUUUGUCCGGAUAUGUGUCCCGAGAAAGAGCGUUUAAUGCGCGAAUUUCAACGACAAGUAUCGGCAUUUGAGAUGUUUAACGAAGCGGGAGAGAACAGCUCCUCAAUUUCCCAUCAACGCGCUAUAAAAGAAUAUUCACGUAGUAGCGCCGACCAAGAAGUGCCACUGGCACAUGAACUACGACCUGAAAGCGUGCUACAAAUGACAAUGUUGUACCUGAUGCACCGAAUAAUGGAUCUGUGCGAUGAUCCGCAAACAUCUAUUGCUGACUGGUUUCACUUUGUAUGGGACCGCACGCGUUCUAUACGCAAAGAUAUUACCCAACAGGAACUGUGUUCAUUGGGUACUGUACAACUAGUAGAGCAAUGCGCACGAUUUCACAUACACUGUGCUGCACGUCUUGUGGCUGAAGAUCCUUCUGUGUUCGAUAAAAAAAUUAAUGCAGAAAAUUUGACCAAAUGUCUGCAAUCGCUAAAAUAUAUGUACCAUGACUUGCGCAUCAAAGGUGUGCACUGCCCAUGUGAAGCUGAAUUUCGUAGCUAUGUUGUCUUGCUAAAUUUGGGUGAUUCGAAUUUUCUAUGGGAAUUAAAGCAGCUACCAGAACACAUCCAACAUUCACAAGAAAUCAAGCGGGCUAUUGCUUUUUAUAACGCCCUACAAAAUAAUAACUAUGUACGUUUCUUCAACAUGAUACGUGAAAGUGAUACAUCGUAUUUGAGCGCUUGCAUACUACUUGGUUAUUUCAACAAAUUACGUUGGCGUGCUAUGGAGGCAAUCAAUAAGUCGCACAACUGGCGAAAGAAUGCCGUUCUUAUACCCUUGACAUAUUUGACAAGGAUCCUUGGGUUUGAAAACGAAGAGGCUGCCCGACAAUACUUCACCUAUCAUGGCUUGAAAUGUGAUGGACAGCGAGUAGUGUUGGAUCGUUUAAAACGUCCAGACAUUGAAUAUUCUAUGGAACGCGCCAUGAAUCUGGUUGAAGCGAAGCGCAUUGCUAGUGUAGGUGAAUGCGUUUGUGGGCAUGUGAUGGAAUCGGCGGACAUUUUUGAAAGUCAUGUGCCGCAUAACAGCUUCGAUGAGAAUGGUGUACUGAAAUUAGUUGCCUGGGCAGCGGACGAUCAACUGCGCGGUAAAGCGGCAGAGGAGCGAAAGCGACAACGCGAAUUGGAAAUGCAACAAGAGGAAGCUGUAAGACCGCAGAAACGCUCUAGUUCACCCCCACUCUCGCUGCCACCUAUUGCGCUGCCGCCUUCGGUUCUUACGGAUGCGACUGUUUUUAAAGUGCCAUCGAUUUCAUCUAUCUCAUCCAAGCAACAGCAACAGUUCAAAGCUCCACAAUUAGUACAAAAACCACUGCAACCAUCCAUCUUUGGCGGAAAUCUGUUUACGGAUUCGAAGGAGAAAGUUCAGUCAUCGCCGUUGACCAAUUUUAAGUUUGAAACUCCAAAAAGCUCCCACAUUGCAUCCAAAACUAGUGGUAGUGUUUUUGUAGCGCCAGAAAAGGAUGCUAGCAGUUCGCUAUUCAAAAUACCUGCCGCCACGACUAAAACAGUCACUUCGACAACUGGUGGACUUGGUCACUCUAUAUUUGGUGGUAACGCUACAGCAGUUGCACAACCAUCACCUGCUGACGGUUUCAUAUUCGACAGCUCUAGCAAGGGAGUUCACAGCGAUAACAUUUUUAGUAAUGCCGUCAAAUCGACAGCUAGUGUUUUCCAACAAACGCACACGCAAAAGCCCGACGCUAUGAUUAAUGAUAGUGUAUUCCAACAUUUUAACACGCAGCCCGUACUAGCGGGCUUUGCUGCACCCGACUUGGGUGCCAAGGAUCAGGCGAAACACAUUUUUGGUAACGUCUCUUUCACGCAGCAACCUUCAGCAACGGCAGAAAUUGUGCCACAGACCAAUACGGAAUUAGUUAAAGCCAAGGCUGAGGCAGCAAUACAACUUCGCAAACAACAGGAAUUAGAAAAGCGGCUCGCAAAAGAAAAAGAGCAGGAAGCAGUUAAACGUCAACGCGAAGAAGCGGAGAAAAAACACCAAGAAGCUCUGAAAGUGUUGCAACAGCGCGCCGAAUACGUCAGCGCCAAUGAGCUAGAAAGCGUGCUUACAUUGCAAGUGGCUGAUAUUGCACAAACCGAACUAACUACAUAUCAGAAUUUUGAGCGCGAUUGCAAAAGCUUUGCUGAAUCAUUCCUCGACCAAUGUGUCGUCAUGCAACUCAAUGAGUUGGCUAAUGAGGAAUAUGCUAUGAUGUGCCAUGACCAACUCUUGCUUAGUCGUUACUUUGCGUGUUGGCUGCGCUAUACGCGCAAGAAACAAAAGCAACGCGCGCUCAUAGAGUCCACGCCCAUAUGGGUGACCAUGGACACACGCGCCGAGCAAACCGCCAAGCUAAUGCAUCCAAAUCAGUCGAAAAAUUUGCAGAUGAUAAAAAGAUAUCGCCAUGGCGAGCCGUGUAAUUUCCAACUAUUACUUUGGAAACAUCCAGACGCCAUGUCGUCUCCGCGCGCGUCUAUCGACAUCUUCGAAGUGGUGCGCGCCCAUACGACACGAAAGCAGGCGGUAAAAUGCGGUCACAUGCAAAGGAACAAGUACUUUAAGCUGGUGCUGACGCUACCCACCGAUAACGAUGAAUUGGCCGGCUUCGGGAGCCUUUGCCACAAGUGGCUGCGGAAGUACGUACGACGCAUCAGCAACACCACAGAAGAGGAGGAUCAGAGUGAUGAGGCUGAAAACGCGUCGCCAUACAUCUGCGCCAUGGAGCGCGAUGUGGCAUUGUGUGUGCGAAAGGUCAGCGGCAUUCCGCCGCUAACCGAGGCGGGUCAGGUUGUGCACAACGAGUGCGACAAUGCAGACGCGAUUGUCUGCCUGAUGAGCUGCGACAGCAUACAGAGCACACGCAAACGCAUGCAUCACCUUAUCAAACUGAGUCGCAUGCAGAAGUCUGUACCGGUAGCUGUUCUCGUCUACGAUGGUCAGUACACUGAUGAGUUGGAACUGAGCGACAUAAUGCAAAUGGAGAGCUUGGUGGAGGAGGAUAAGAUAUCGGCUUACAAAUUCUAUGGUUGUCUUCAGACCAAAAACGAAUUUUCUUUCUUGCACUAUAUGGGACGCGCAUUGCGUUAUGUGGCACGAGAAAGCAGUUUUUGCAACAAAUUAACCGAAGCUUUGGAGAUGCAAAAGUUGCAAAGUUGGCUGGAAACAUGUUUGGGUGAAGAGUUGUGGCAGCGCUGGCAGCAUUCCUCCGAACAUAAUCCGUGUUUCGCGAAGAUAUGUGGCGCACCACAGCAUCUGGUGGAGCUUUAUAAUGAUGCAGUGCAACGCGUGAUACAAAUGACGUCAGAAGACUUCAGCGAUGCACCGGAGUUUGCGGAGGAGCUGCGUGAAUUUGUGCCCAAACUUGAGGUCGAUAUACCGCUCGGUUGGGAAUAUUUCCCAAAGGAUUGGAAAUCUCCGCAACGCCAACAACAGAUUUCAAGUUUUUUGCAACGUUUGCUAUUAGCGCCCAUUGUCGAGGCGGUACAAUUCCAAGAACUCGAAGACUGGGAAUUGUGGUUGCUGAACUAUGCCAGUUCUUGCAUACCAAACGAUGAAGAGGCUGCUACCGCAGCUAGCUAUCAAUCCAUUAAAGCACUAAUUGAACAGCUUAAUCGGUGCGAUCUAGCCGACGUUGAAGUGGCAAAACGCUUCCAAAUGAUAAACUAUUUGCCUGUCGUGAAAGCUAUUGCCUACGCACAGAUUAAUGCUGUGCUUAGGGACUACAGUGCAAACGCUGAUGCCGACGAUUACAAAUUGCCUAAAGAAAUCAUUUAUCAUCACCAAGCGCUUGAGGAUUAUCAACAAGUGCCUUGGUGGCUGAAUAACGAGGCCGUUGAAGCAGUGAAAAUAGAUUACACAGUUACCGAAGACCAGGAGACGAGUUCACAGGAUACGGAGUUACUUGAUGAACAGACGACGAUGAAUAGUGAAAUGUUUGACGAAAUUAUAAAACAAGCCGAACAGGUUUCGCGCAAAGCAGAGGAGAACUAUAAUUCACUGAAGAAGCAAACAAUCAGCGCCGAUAUAGUGGAGUUGUCACGUGACUUGGAUGCCAGCAUCUAUCAAUUUGAAUUGACAAAACAAAUAGGAUCCUAUGACACUUCGUUUGUGGCGAAGAUGGGGGAGUUUGAUAGCGACUUGGAAGGCGCGAUUGGCGGUAUAAGUACAAAGCAGAAUACCCGUGGUGGAGGGGACGGCUUAGCCAAAACCGCACGUCAGCGAAAACGCGGGCACGCGGGAGAUGCUGAUGAAGAAAUCAAUGAAAUGAAAAAAGUUAUGGCACACGCUUUUAACGUCAUUGAAAAGGUUGAGGCAGGACAAGAUCGCGCUGAACGUUUCAACAAGAUGGCUAUGCUGGAGUUGGAAUGAAAGGUGUGGAGUAAAUGUUUUAAAAUGUCCUGCCUUGUUACAAACUUGGACAGUAUUCGUAUCAUAAUUUAUUGGGGGGUCCUGUGGAUGGAUGCUAAAUUAUAAUUACAAAAAAACAAAAAAAAUUAUACAUCAAAAUAAAUUGAUACUGUAAGGUUUUAUUUAGUAAAA